AUGAUGGACUUCGAGCUGCCUCUGCCGAACCUGGAGGAGGUGAGGGCGGCAGCCCGGCGCUUGCUUUGCCCGCAGCAAACCCAGGCUAUUCCAUGGAACGUCCGAGUUGAUGAUGCCUGGUUUGAGUGGGUACCCGUCCUGGCGCUACGGUGGAGCCAAGAUGACAUCGACAGCCGGAUGAUCUUCCGGCAUGAUGAGUGGAAGUGUCGUUCAGUUUAUGAGACCUUGGACGAGCUCGUCAGAGGUAAGAUCGCGCCGGGCGGCAUCGCAAAGCUCGAGGUCGUCCGCCAUCACGGCGAGCUGUACAGCCUCAGCAACCGCCGGCUUACGGCGCUGCUGACCUACCAGAUCCUCAGGCGGAGCGAGGUCGUGUACGCGAAGUGCGUGAUCAGAGAGGGCCCAAACCCUCGAUGGAGCAGGUCGUUCUCAACGCGGUCCUCCGGCCUGGACAUGUAUCCGAAUCCCAGGUUCUACCCCUCGCAGGCCGAGCACUGCGGUGGUCCGCUCUUCGACCACAGCCAAGUUGCUCUGCAAAGGGUGCACAAGCUCUUCAACAAGCACCAAGAUAAACUGAGAGGGUUUACAGUGGAGUUGAGAGAACGCGAUGACGACGAAGAUGGAGUGGAUUGCGAGACGCUGACUCUCGCCAGCUUGUCAAGCCUGUUCUCUGACGGCAACGGCAUCUCAGAGCCCAGGCAGCCCGUGGCUGUCGAGGCGGAGAGUGUGGUUGGAAGCUGUGCUGAGACCUUCAUGGGUGUCAAGCCUGCAGAAGUUCGGCAGCCAAGUUUCAGGAUCUUUCCCCACAGCGACACGGCUGCUUUUCACAAGGACCUCAUUGACCGGAGCCCUGUCCCUGUCGAUGACGUGAAGGAGAUCAAGGGCGGCUUGCAGAUUC